AUGGGGAACUGCGUAUCUUCGCAUGACAUAACCACAAAACGGAUCAAUAAAGUAUUAAAGGAAGACGAAAAAAGAAUGAGGAUGGAAGUGAAAUUGCUUUUGUUGGGUAAGUUGUUGAUUUUUAUCGUCUCACAUAGCCUUUUGGAGAGGUGUGAAAGAGGGUUGAAUUUUUGGGGACUAGAAUGGGUCGCGAUCUCCGGAUCAAAUAUUGGGUGGGUUAGGUUUAAUUUUGAUGCGGGCGCUGGUGAAUCUGGCAAAAGUACAGUUAUAAAACAGAUGAGACUAAUACACGCUGCGGGAUUCACUUCUGCGGAACGCGAAACCUAUCGGUCAAUUGUGUUCAUGAACAUAAUGCACUCCAUGCGAUUGGUUCUUGAAGCGAUGGAAUACUUUAAGAUACCGUUUGGUAUGGAUGGUAAUAUGCAAUAUGUCUCGUUAUUCAAUGAUCCUCCAAGUAUCUCCAAAGGGCAACCGUUUCCAAUCAUGUAUCUCGAACCACUGAAGUCAUUGUGGGUCGACAGCGGAGUACAAAAGUGCUACGAGAGAGGUCAUCAAUACGCGUUACAUGACAAUAUGAGUUAUUUCUUUGAAAUGCUAGACCGGGUAUUCUCACAAGCCUAUGUCCCGUCUGAUCAAGAUAUCCUGCACACGCGAAUGAAGACCACUGGAAUUGUGGAGACCGUUUUUCACCUGGGCCCACUCACCUAUCGGAUGUUCGACGUGGGUGGUCAGCGAUCAGAACGAAAGAAAUGGAUACAUUGUUUCGAAGAUGUCACUGCUGUACUAUUUUUAGUGGCCAUAAGCGGAUAUGACCAAUGUCUUGUUGAGGACAAGGAUUCUAAUCAAAUGCAAGAAGCACUGUUAUUGUUUGAUUCCAUAUGUAAUUCACAGUGGUUCGUGAAUACUUCUAUGAUCUUGUUCCUGAAUAAGAUUGACAUAUUUCGAGCGAAGAUAAAGAUAUCUCCUGUUCGAAAGUAUUUUCCGGAUUAUUCAGGCCCAAAUGGUGAUUUUAAACACACAACGCACUAUUUCAAACGACGAUUUCAGCGACUCAACCGUAGUACCACCAAAGAAAUAUAUCCACAUUUCACCGAUGCUACUGACACGAAUUUGCUGAGACACAUAAUGAGCAGCGUCACUGACAUCAUAUUAACCCAGAACCUAAGAGAUCUGGUGCUGUAA